AUGGCCUUUGAUUCCGGUUCAUCCACCCAUUCCCGCGGGGACAGCGUCAAAUCGACCCUGCAGAGCAAGGCGGACCCCAAUGUCGCACUCAGGGAAGCACAGCCUAUGGAUCAUUUCAUGGUCAGCACAACCACAUUUUCCUUACGGUCGAUGCAGUUCAGGGACCGAAAUGGAAAUAUCAUCACCGAUCCAGAUCACUCAAACCCGACCCGGGCACGCCUGGAGAGGCCAUUGGAGACCAUCAUGUCUUUCCAGAGAGACAUUGAGUCCCACCAUCGACAGGAUGUGAUGGCGACCCGAUAA